CAUGAUUCAUUGACCUUGUAGAUCAUGUUUAAAAUUUGUAUCUUGCGUUAAUAGGAAUGGUUGCUUAAGAAAAAUGAAAAAGAAGAAGUCUAGUCAGGCCCGGCAACUGUAGUGUAGAAUCGUGGAGCACUCCACACUCAAAAUUUAGAAUAGUGUGGAAAUCCACACCCAAGGAAUCCAAGAGUUGGAUUAAAAAUUAUAUGUAAAUUUUUUAAAAUGUUUGCAGAUGUCGACCGAUAUUCGUGGCAGUACAAUUGCGCGCAUAGCAGAAAUUCAACUUUUAUAGGGAUCAUUUGUACUGAUUGUAACCGUUAUAUAAUAAUUAUUUGUGUGCUGUAUGCCAUUAUUAUCUGCAAGAAUUGACUAAUCACAGUCGAACACAUUCCUCUCUUACAAUUGAACGAGUGGGGAAUACUCGAAUGUGAUUUAUCCCUUACCGACUAUUAGACAGAGCGCGCAUUGCAAUUCGCAAUUGUAAAAAGGGGACGGGUAACAAAUAGCAUAAAAUAAAUAAAGAAUAAAGAAAGGUUAUCAUUUUACUCCACCUUUCUCCCUCCUUUCAUUAGUCAAAAAUUCCACACCCACGGGAGAAAUAAGUUGCCGACCCUGUGCAUAUCAGUUACGCAGAUAAGAGUGUGGAAGAAAAUAUUUCGACAUUUCUGACUGUAGACAUGACAUCUACUGACGAGCAGAUCAUCUAUGAGGAAUCGUCCAUGGAAGUUCAUACGUUGAAGAUUUUGUGUGUGGGACGCGUUUGCCUUGAUUUCGUUCACGUGUGCACGGAAUAUCCUUCAGAAGAUUCCACUCAAAGAUCUACUAAUUACAGAUGGCAAAGAGGAGGCAAUGCAUCUAAUACUUGUACUGUACUAUCAUUAAUAGGACAACCAUGUGAGCUUCUGGCAUGCUUGAGCACAGACGAACAUAUUAAUUUUUUGCAAAACGAUCUGCGCAAGUAUAAAAUUGACUAUUCCCAUUGUCCUAUGAUAAAUGGUAUUGGAUGUCCCGUCUCAAGUAUUAUAUUGAGUUUGGACACUGGAUCUCGCACAAUUGUUUAUCAUAAUUGUUUACCCGAAUUGACAUUAAAGAAUUUCGAGCAACUUAAUUUAGAAGAAUAUAGUUGGAUUCAUUUUGAGGGAAGACAUAUAGAUGUAGUGCUACUUAUGAUACAGCAUAUAGAUAAUUAUAAUAAUUCAUUAAAUUGUGAUCUCACUAAAAACCGCAUGCCAAUUACAAUUAGUGUAGAAUUAGAAAGUUCGAGAUCAGGUUCCGGGUUAUUGAAUCUAUUGUCGUACGUUGACGUAGCAUUUAUAGCAAAAGAAUUUGCUGAGUAUCUGGGUUUCAGUAAUAUGAACGAAGCGAUACAUAACAUUGGUCAAGAUUCUAAAGGAACUAUUGUUUGUGCUUGGUCGGAGGAAGGUGCAAUCGCUCGUACAUCAUGCGGCUCAAUAGUACAAUCGCCAGCUUUCCCACCUCAAAAGGUAAUCGAUACUUUAGGUGCAGGUGAUACAUUUAAUGCUGCUGCUCUGUAUUAUUUGAACAAAAGCAAAGUUGAAUUUAUGCACAAAUAUAAAGAAGAAGCAGCUUGUACGAAUGAUAAUCAAAUGAAGGACGCCUCUGAUAAUAAUACUGCAAAACGAGAUGUUAAGGAAAAUUUAGAUAUAAGAACUUCGGGGAAGUAUAAUCGAGCAAAAUUUAUUAAUGAAACAGUUCUACAACAGGCUAUUAAAUUUGCAUGCUGCAUUGCUGGUGCAAAAGUAGGAUUAAGAGGAUACGAUUGCCUUGAUAUAAUUUCUAGUGAUAUUUUACAAUCGAAUUUUUUAGAAAAUUAGCAGAAUAUAUUUUUAAGGUUUUUAAUUUAGGCUUAUA